CCGGUCAGUUGUGGAGCCAUCGAGCAACGGGCAGGUCUCCGGUCUUGGUCUUUCUAUUCGUAAUUCUGGAUUAAAAUAUGUGGCAUUUGUGUUUGGUUCUUUUGGGCCUGGUGGUAGUGUGUUUCGCGGAUACCCUGGUUCAGCUCCAUGUGAAUCGUCCUUAUAACGAUGUGAACGAAAAGUUUGUCAGCUUCGCCGUUCGUCCGGAGGAUCUGUACGAUGCCCUGGAUGGUAAGAAUCGCAAGGCGGUGACCAAUUUGGCCAAUCUCCUGGGAGAUGCGCACAUCAAGUUCGUGGGAGAUUUUUACUUCGCCAGUAAUGCGCCAACUAGGCUGCGGAAUCCCACCAAGAUCAUCUGGAAGGGCUUUAAUCGGUGGUCGCGGGCCGUAAACUGGACCAUGAUCAUUCCGGUUCCUUAUGCUCCCGAAGAGUGGGACUCCAUGCAUACAUUGAAGAUCCUGAACACUUCCUAUAUGGUUGGCAUCACCGACUGCAUCUGGCAGCUGGGGACAGACUUUGGCACCUCCAGGGCCAAGGACUAUGUCCAGGAACUUCGAACUCUCAAGCUGAUGACUGACACUUUCAAACCCUAUGUGGACGACUGGCGACUGAUGGGAGCGGACAUCUCAGCUGGAAGCAGUGCUGACGAAACCAAGAGAUACGUUGAUAUGUCCAAGGAUCUGAACACGGCUUUUGGUUGGACGCAACCCGCAAACAUGCUGCCCAAAUCCAGUUUGGGCAGCUACUUGUACGACAGCGAUCCUGCCCUGCGCAUCCUUCAGCAACAGCGGGUUCCCUUGUGGCUGACCUUGCCGGAGGAGCGAUCCUCGCAGAGAUUGGUGGGCGACGAGACCACGGCUGCAUUGCGGUGGGCCCAAACUAUGGGAGAUGCAGCCGCCAGUGGGUUCGAUGUGAUCUUUAAGCGUAUGAACUUGGUGGACUUCGAGCGACCCAACUUCAGUCUGUAUGUAACUGCUCUGUUUAAGAAGGUCAUGGGCUCCAGGGUGUUCCCAGCCCGACCUCUGAACGCCUUUGCCCCGAGCAACAAGCUGUAUACCCAUUGUGCAAAUGCCGUAUCCGGAGGAUUGGCUUUCAUGGUGGUCAAUACGGAGGAACAGCCAACCACGAUUACCGUGAAGAGUACCAGUAGUUUGAGCAGUAGUGAGCUUUGGCAGUAUGUGCUUACUGGUCUUGAUCAAAGGGUCCAGCUGAAUAAUGUCCGCUUGCACUUGAACACCACCUUGCGUCCUCUGAUCAAACCCAUCGAUCCAGCAAAGCCGCUGCAACUGAUCACGCCCAGCAUGUCUGUGAGUUUCUGGGUAUUGCCCGAUGUCAAUCUGGAACACUGCCAGUUCACGGAGAUGGAAGCAGGCGAUUCGAGUGGAGAGUCUUCCACUUCCAAGGAGAAGCGCCGAUCCUCCCGCUAUAGCUCCGCGGAUCGGUUACUCCAGCGGUUGAUCGAGGAAACUGCGGUUGCCCGAGGGUCGGUGCAGAGUUCCAUUAAUCGCAAUAGGAGAUUUGUCAUUGAUAAGGAGGAAACCCCACAGUUCCUUCUAGAUCGACUACUGGACCAUUUCAAGGAUGACAGUCCGCUGAAGAGGGAUGUGGGCAAUGAAGCGGACAACUCCAAGGAUCAGUCGAUUAAACCCCAUAAAGCGUUGGCCUGGCUGUAUCACGUCCUCGAGCAAACCCGUGACAUGGGCAAAAAGCGGGAGAGACGCGACACAUCCGGCUAUUCCGGGCCCUUCUUCUACAAUCGCCAGGGUAAGAAAACAGCAUUGACCAAGAAGAUUACUGAGAUCCGGAAGCCGGAAAGGAAGAGCAAGCCCCUUUUUGACUUUGAUGAGUUCGAUGAGGAAAAGUUCUUCAAGCGUAUUGGAGAGAAAUCCGAGGAAACACCCACUUAUACAAGGCUUCCAGAGGGUGAUGUCCACCUGAAGCACAUCGAGAGUGUGGAUGGGGAGGUGGAAAACGAAGAGGAAGUUGAGCGGGAGCCACCCAAGAAGCGCAGAAUCAAGUCCAAGAGUCAGAUGAAGAUCAUUCAAAGAGAGGACAAGGAGGAUGAACAGGAGCAGGAACCGGAGCAAACGGAAGGACGUUCCAAGAUGCGUCUACUCCCCACGGAAUUCUUUGAGGCCCUACCGGCUCCCAAGCAGAAUAAGCGAUUAAAUCUGGGAGCCACCUUGAAUUCACUGCUUUUUCCGGAACCCUUCUCCAGCAAGGCUACCAUGGCCAAGUCCGGUCAGUCCCAAAAGCCGAAGUCUGUUGAAGAGCCCGAGGACGACGUGCAACCGGUGCCAAGUGCCAGAAGGCGUCACUCCCGGCUAGGUCACGUGGCAAACGAUUUUCUGCAGGCCCAAAAAGAGCUCGGAAAGCAUUUCCUCAGCCACAUUAACGAGCAUGAGCACGAGUUUUCUCUAGGCGAUGAGGGCAUUCGGGAAAGUUCGCUGGAGUCGGGAAAUAUCGGCAGGAAGUCCCUCAAACAGGACCUUUUUGGCGGGCCGAAGGCAACCCCUUCUUUACAUUCGAAACUACCUCAGAAGCCAGCCGAUGAAGGUAUCACCUCCUGGUGGGACUUACCAGCUAUGAGAAGGCGUCGUGCCAUUCCUAACACCGAUUCCCUGGAUGAACUGCCCUCCAAUGCCAUAGACAAGGCGGAUCGCGAUGAGAUGAUGCCCCUAGGAAGGUACACCUUCUACGAGUACAAGGUGGAUCCCGAUGCAGAGAAGGAUGCCAGCCCACCCAGCGAGGAAAAGGAAUCCAAGAUUAUGAGGAUCAGCAGCAAAAAUUCGCAGGCUGCUGGUACACGUCGUAGUCUGACUACCCUUUCCAAAACUCUCGUGAGCACUGUGAAAUCGAAGGUUUCUCGCUUUUUCAACAUCAUAUCCAACCACAUGAACGAGUGGUACAACACCUUAACCAAGCACUUGGAGACGGAUGCGGAAACCCAAAGACCCCGCCGACAAAACAGCAUCGAGAAGUAGAAUCAUUUGUCCUACGAUAUGAACUUGUUCAAACUGUCCCCAUUAAAACCUAAUGUAAAUAUGUAUUUAUGUUCGAUCAUUAUUGCAUUCAACGGAAUUAUAUUUGAGCCAUGAUUCUAGCGGAAUCAUCUUUCUCAAAUAAACAGUACACAGGACUUAGGCAACGAACUAGAUGGGCUUAGACUAAGCUUGUGAUAGAUUGUUGAGCCUUCUUUAUGGUACUUGUGCAUAUCUCACCUUUAUAAUAAAAUG